AUGCCGAAGCAUCUCAGCAGCUAUUCUCCUGUCUUGUUGCCUGCUGCUGCUGCGCGGCUGCUGGCCCCACACUUGCAGCCGCAGCAGCAGCAGCAGCAGCAGCACAUGCUGUAUAUGCAGCAGCAGCAGCUGUUGCUGCAGCUGCCUGCUGCUGCUGCGCGGCUGUUGGCCCCACACCUGCAGCCGCAGCAGCAGCAGCAGCAGCAGCACAUGCUGUAUAUGCAGCAGCAGCAGCUGUUGCUGCAGCUCUGCGGUGGCCGCGGGCUGCCCAGCAAUCGAGAAGACUGGCGCUUCUUGCUUCAGCAACAGCAGCAGCAACAGCAGCAGCAGCAGCAGCAGCAACAGCAGCAGGUAGGAUACUUGACUCGCAUGCAACAACAACAACAACAGCAGCAGCAGCAGCAGCAGCAGCAGCAGCAGCAGCAGCAGCGUUUGCAAGAGGAGCAUCAGCAGCAUUCUUCUUUAGCUUGGCGCUUCUUGCUUCAGCAGCAGCAGCAGCAGCAACAGCAGCAGCAGCAGCAGCAACAGCAGCAGGUAGGAUACUUGACUCGCAUGCAACAACAACAACAGCAGCAGCAGCAGCAGCAGCAGCAGCAGCGUUUGCAAGAGGAGCAUCAGCAGCAUUCUUCUUUAGCUGCCAAGCCGCCGCCGCAUCUGCCUCUGCCCCCCCCGCCGCACCACCCCCACGCUCCGCAGCAUCCUCAUCAUCACCAGCAGCAGCAGCAGCAGCAGCAGCAGCAGCAGCAGCACAAGCAGCAGCAGCAGCAGCAGCAGCAGGUGCGGGCCCCCGCGUACGCGUACUCGCGCCAAGCUAGCCCAGCUAGCCGCCGCUCGUGGUCGGCCAGUUUGUGGGCCAACACAAACCUACCGCUAGCCAGGCCUGAACAGCCACAGCUACCCGCGUCGCAGUUUAUGUUUUUGUUUGAGUCAGAUGGGGCUGAAGGUGCUGCUGCUGCAUGCAGCAGCAGCAGCAGCAGCGAGGUGAAAGAGGAGGAGCUCAGCAGCUUCCUGGAUCUCUCCUUUUUAGCUGGCAGCACGCCGGUUGUCUGCAGCAGCAGCUGCAGCACACAGCAGCAGCAGCAGCAGCAGCAGCAGCAGCAGCAGCAAGGGGCAGCAGAUAUGCUCCCAGUCUCCCCCCAUGACAUCCAUCACCAGCAGCAGAGGCUCUCACCCCCACGCAGGCCCACGCCGCAGCAGCAGCAGCAGGAGCAGCAGCAGCAGCAACAGCAGCAGCAGCAGCAGCAGGUAUUGCGUAUGGCCGAUAGGGCUGCAGCAGUAGAAGCUCUGCGGCAGCAGCAUGCUGCUGCUGCUCUUCCUUCUCCUCAUUUGCUGCUGCUGCAUCAGCGGCAGGCUGCUGCUCUUGCCGAGACAGCAGCAGCAGCAGCAGCAGCAGCAGCAGCAGGGUGUAUUGAUAAACGGGAAGUGGUGUAUGUGUAUGGAGGUCCCGCCCCCUCCUGCUGCUGCUGGCUGCUUCCGCUCUGA